AUGAGUGCUACCAAGGCGCAGUCUCAGAAAAUCUUUGAGAAACUAAAGACGAAGCCCGCAAACAAGAUAUGUUUUGACUGCGGGACGAAAAACCCGACGUGGUCCUCUGUUCCCUUUGGGAUAUACCUCUGCCUCGACUGCUCGUCGAACCACCGUAAUCUCGGUGUCCAUAUCUCCUUCGUUCGCUCAACCAAUCUUGAUCAAUGGCAAUGGGAACAGCUACGUGUUAUGAAAGUUGGCGGGAAUGAGUCGGCUACGAAAUAUUUCCAGUCACAUGGCGGAACGGCGGCCCUAAACAGCAAAGACUCGAAGAUAAAAUAUACCUCUAGCGCGGCAGUGAAAUACAAGGAAGAACUGAAGCGGAGAGCGGCCUUGGAUGCUGAAGAAUACCCUGAAGAGGUCGUGAUCACUGAUGUGGUUGCCUCGGCGACCCCUGAAGGGUCCUCUACCCCAGCUGGCGACGCGGACGACGACUUCUUCUCCUCCUGGGAUAAACCAGCUAUCAAACGACCAAGCAACCCUCCGUCACGAACCGCCACCCCGUCUUCCGGCGGCCGCAACUCUCCCUUCCUCACCCCAGGUUCCAAUGGCAAUGGUUCACGGCCUAAAUCUCCACUAUCUGCCGCAGAAAAGAGCACUGCUCCAUCUCCCCCAGUCGCCGUCCGGACAGGUACUGCGGUACGCAAGGGACCGGCAGCCGGCGGGAAGAAGACAUCCGUUCUUGGAGCGAAAAAAGGACCCAAGCUAGGUGCGAAGAAGGUCGUUGGAGCCGAUGCGAUUGAUUUCGAUGAGGCGGAGAGAAAGGCAAAGGAGGAAGCCGAGAGAAUCGCAAAGCUCGGCUAUGAUCCUGAGUCUGAGAAGGCCGAAGAAGCUGCUUCAAAGGGCAAAUCUACUUCCUCCAUCAUCUCUUCUACCCCCGUGAGUCCCAGGCCAAGCUUUGGAGCCACGCGAGGCCAUGAGAGGAGCGCAAGCGAGAUCGAGAGAUUGGGCAUGGGUAUGGGCCGCCUUGGCUUCGGACAGGUGGGAAAGCCAAAGGCUCCAGCUCCAAAGAAGCUAGGGUUUGGCGCUGUCGGACACUCAAACAGCGCUCUUGAUGAUGAGGAGCUAGAGCAAACCAAAUCCAAAUUUGGUAACCAGAAGGGCAUUUCAUCCGACGAGUUCUUCGGCAGAGAGCAGUUUGACCCUGUAGCUCAGGCAGAGGCUAAGGCCCGUCUCACAAACUUUGAGGGGGCCACUUCCAUAUCAAGUAACGCCUACUUCGGCCGUCCUGAGGAUGAAACCCCAGCUGGAGAAGAUUAUGGUGACCUGGAGACGGCAGCCAAGGACUUUGUACGAAAAUUUGGGAUUACCGCUGGCGAUGAUCUUGAGAAUUUGACCAACUUGGUUGGUGACGGCGCUGUUAAACUUCAUGGUGCUAUCCGCCAGUAUCUUAAUAGCUGA